AUGUCUGAUGAGAGAACCUCGCAAGAUGCUGGAAGCAAAGCCCCUAGCAUGAGCUCUCAGAAGGGACAAUCCGACACAAAUACUGUUUCAAGCGAAAGCACGAUACCUGUUGCUGUUGAGCCUGCUAGACAGAUGCAGACUUAUUCUUCAAGACGUUCGACCAGUGCCUUCUGUGGCCCCACGAGUCCAGAAUAUAGUCUCAAUGCGGCACAAAGGAGAAUGCAGUGCGAUAAAACUUCUGGUCCCGGAUCUGGUUCAGCAAUAUCCCCCAGUGUUGAUGAGAACCAGUCAGAUGAUGGGGAUGAUCACCCAUACAGCCCAGGAACCGAAUAUGUUUUACCAUUUCACCAGGCGCCGAGACAUAUCUUGCAGCCAUGCUUGCUGCAGUUCAGAAAGUUCCUCCCUAAAGCUGAAGCUAUCCGUGUGCUACUCCUGUACCACAGUAUGAUGGGAGAACUGCAUCCAAUUUGCAAUAUUGAACUCAUGGUGAAGCAAACCGAGGCAUGUUAUGCUAGGCCAGUCAUUGAACUUGGCACUGCUGUUGGCGAUGGACUUCCAAUUACCGAGAAUGACCUCUUGAUAAUAAAUUUAGCUCUCACAAUUGCCCUUUGCACGGAGACUGGGGUCUUGCCAGAUACAGGUAGAUCCAUUUACGACAGCUGUCGAGAUCUCAUCAAUACAAAACUCGCAAGUCUCACAACGGAUAUAAAGCAUGUUCAUGUUGUCUUUUUGGUGGCGCUCCGGCAUUUUUUCAUGGGCAGAAUCCGUCUUGCCUGGCGAACCUGUGGGCAAGCAGGCCGCAUGGCGAUGGAAUUAGGACUUCACAGCCGAGAAAUGUCUCAGCAGUGUCUCGAGAACGACGAGCAGCGAGCCGCGGUCGUGGAAUUGUCAUGCAGUCUUGUCGUCCUGGAUCGUCAAUUGAGCGCCUCGGCUGGGCUUCCUCACACCUUUCAGAACGCCGAUUUUGACCUGGCAGUCGGUGCUUCCGUGAACACUCCGUAUUUAAGGCACAUGAUGGAAUUCACACUUAUGAGCCAUAAAUUUAACGAGCCGAUCUCUAGGGUAGCCACGGGAGGCUGUUACAUGGACGAUGAUUCAUUUGAGGUCACCAACUUCCUGGUAGAACAAUGGAGGAAGAGGGCGACUGAGAACUGGGACUUCACUCGGCUGUCAGAUUGGGAAACUCAACCUUCUAAGAUACCUCCGGCAUGGGUUGUUAUCCUCUAUCUGCGAGCCAACGCCGUUCGAAGCAUCCUCCUGCGGCCAUUCUUUCUCUCAGACCCGGCGAAUCCUGCAAGCAAAAGGCAAGUGAAAUCAGCUCUAGAUAUCAUCUCAGACUCGAUCAACGUACUCUCGGUUCUAGACAAAACAAGCAAUAUCUAUCGAAUUCAACAUCCGUCUCUACAACAUAUCUUGGCGGGGACUUGCGCCCUGCUCUUCCUGGUCCUUUCAUAUACCGCACAAAACCACGCAGCUCCGGGUUUAGAUCUCCCCUCUGAGUUUUUCAGUACGGUAAAUCGAAAUUUUUGGACAGCGCUCGACCUCUCAAGGUCUUACAAUGAAGCCUCACUUACUUCGCGCAAACUUUAUAGGCGCUUAAACGCCAUCAAAGAUACACUUCUCCGUGCCGGGUACCUCUCUCCAGACUACGACCCCAAUCAAAUUACCCAGUUAAUACCUGAUCCUCAACAAUCAGAUAUGCUGAUUGGAAGCCACAUGAGAAUGAUGUCAGAUCAAGGCCUUAGCAGCAGAGAGCUGCUUCCUAGGUCCAAUCACAACUCCGAGAUAGUUCCAGUCAAUGAGAUGACUAUAUUUCCCGGUACCACGAACACUAUGCUUGGUCCCAACCCAUUUCUUUUCGAUUUCAACAUGAACCUGGAGUACUUCGAUUGGUUAGACUACGAGUGGCCUUCUGAUGAUGUCGCACACUCUCUUUCUGGAACUGGCUUCGGGUCAUUAUAA